UUGUACCAAAUUCAUCAUCAUCUCUUUACCCAACCAAAUCAGAACCACACACAAAAACAAAAGCAAAUUAAAUCAAAACUAAUAUAUUUAUUAUAUACAUUCACUUGCUCUUUAGUCUCUACACAAACAAGCAAACCACCAAAUCAAAUGGCUGCUCCAUCAUCACUAAUAGCUCUCAAGAACCCAAUAUUCCUCACUUCUUCUCCUCACAAUAUCUUCAAUACCAAACCAAAAACCUUAAUCUUGCCAACCCAUAUGAAGACUUGUUCCAUCGUUUACUCAUCUUCUUGCACAAGAAUUAACUCUUCAUCAACUCAACAUAAGCAACCCCUUGUUUUAGACAACAAACAAGAAGAAGAAGAAGAAGAAGAAGAACUCGAAGAAGUGAGUCUUGGAUCAAUUUGGAGAGAAGUACAAGGUUGUAAUAACUGGGAUGGACUACUAGAUCCAAUGAACAACCAUCUUCGAAGAGAGAUCAUACGUUACGGCGAGUUUGCUCAAGCUUGCUACGACUCAUUCGACUUUGAUCCUCACUCUAAAUACUGCGGCUCUUGCAAAUACCAUCCUUCAGAUUUCUUCUCAAACCUUGACCUAAAUCUACACAAGGGCUACACCAUAACGCGUUACCUCUACGCAACUUCCAACAUCAACCUCCCAAACUUCUUCCAAAGAUCAAAACUCAGCUCUAUUUGGAGCCAACAUGCAAACUGGAUGGGUUACAUUGCUGUAGCUACCGACGAAGAAGAGGUGGCUAGGCUCGGGAGACGUGACAUAGUCAUCGCUUGGAGGGGCACGGUCACUUAUCUCGAAUGGAUCUAUGACUUGAAAGACAUUCUUUGUUCAGCUAACUUCGGUGACGACCCUUCAAUCAAGAUUGAAUUAGGGUUUCAUGACUUGUACACCAAGAAAGAAGACUCUUGCAAAUUCUCUUCCUUUUCAGCACGAGAACAGGUUUUGUCCGAAGUCAAACGUCUUGCUGAGUACUAUGGUCAAGCAGGUCAUGAGAUAAGCAUCACGGUGACAGGUCACAGCCUCGGUGCAGCUCUUGCUUUGGUCAGUGCUUAUGACAUCGCGGAGCUUAACUUGAAUCACAUACCGGAGAACAACUCUAAAGUCCCAGUUAGUGUGUUCUCCUUCUCAGGACCUCGUGUAGGUAACUUGAGGUUCAAGGAAAGAUGCGAAGAGCUAGGUGUCAAGGUUUUGAGAGUGAUAAACGUGCAUGACAAGGUACCUUCAGUUCCAGGGAUAUUCGCAAAUGAGAAGUUUCAGUUUCAGAAAUAUAUCGAGGAGGCGACAUCAUUCCCAUGGAGCUACGCACACGUUGGGACAGAGCUUGCCUUGGACCACAAGAAAAGCCCGUUUCUGAAACAAACUAAGGAUUUGGGCUGUGCACAUAACCUAGAAGCUUUACUUCAUUUGGUGGAUGGAUAUCAUGGAGAAGGAGAAGAGAAGAAGUUUUGUUUGGUGACGAAGAGGGACAUAGCUUUAGUGAACAAGAGUUGUGAUUUUCUGAAAAGUGACUAUCACGUGCCGCCUUGUUGGAGACAAGACGAGAACAAAGGGAUGGUUAAGACCGGAGAUGGACGGUGGGUUUUGCCUGACCGACCACGUCUCGAGCCUCAUCGACCGGAAGAUAUCACACAUCAUCUUCAACAAGUUCUUGGGAAAAUCAACGACGGGCAGCCUAAACCCACCACGCUGACUUAGACAAAACAAUAAUUAACGAUUAUAUAAUCAUAUAAAACCUGCCUGUUUUGUUUGUUUUGUGGACCAAGGUGUACAAUAAAUUGAACAUGUUAAUUAGUUACGUCUUUAAUAACACUUCCAUAUUUUGGAGGCCG